AUGAGCACCAGCCGCCCUGCGCCCCGGCCGCAGGCGCUGUCCAGGAGCUCUUCCAGCCUGCUGGGCGAAGGCCGGGGGCCGAGGCCGGAGCUCCGGAAGAGCGCCAGCAGCACCGGGUGGGAGGCCCAGCCGGGCGAGGCCGGCGCCGGCCCCCGGGCCCUGGAGGAAGAGGGGCACCAGGCUGAGCGCACGGAGCAGGCCCAGGCUUCCAGCCCUGGGCCGCCGCUGAGGGCUGCCGGCGGCUGGCGGAGCAGCACCGUGGGCAACGUGUCUGCCGUGGGGGGCGGAGACCUGGGCCGCCUGCGGGCCCCCAGCGCUGCGGCCGUGCAGAGGAGCCACUCGGACCUGGUCCGCACCCAGACCCGGGGUGGUGCGCGGAGGGCCAGCCUCAGCUGCUCGGCCCUUGGCAGCUCUCCGGUCCCCCGGGCUCGGCUGCAGCCUGGCGGUCCUUCUGGCCAGGGGGCUCGGGCCCCUGCCUGCCUGGAAACGGACCUGGCUCCAGAGGACGGGACUUCGAACUCAGCCUGGACGCUGGGAGAGAGCCAGGUGUGGGUGUCGCCGCUGGACCUGGAAACCACAGCCACCCACAGCUGCAGCCCCCAGGCCGGGCCCAAAGCCCCUGGGCAGUCGGCCGCCACCUCCUGCCAUGCUCUGGCCCCAGCGGCUCUGCUCUGUGGUGCGAGGGAGGUGGGGGCCAGCAGCUACUGCCACGCCCUGCCUGCCCCUGGGAUCCUGGCUUUCCCCAAGUUAGUAGCAUCCGUGAGCGAGUCUGGGCUGCAGGCUCAGCGUGGGGUGAAGUUCCAGUGCAGGCUUCCUGGACACCCCCACUGCUGUGCCCAUCCUUGGGGUCCCACUGAGGGAGCCGUGGAGCCGGGCGCCAGGACCAAGGACGUGUGGACCAUGACCUCCGCCAGUGACUUGGCCCCGGGGUCGGCGUCCCCUCUGUCAGCCCAGGAUGCCGGUGUACAGGUGGCCCCCGUGGCAGUGUGCAAGUCCGUGGCCACCAGCCCGCCCCUGGAGGCCCCUGUGGCCCUGCCCCCAUUCCCGGAGGUCACCCUGGCGCCCGGCCUGGAGGAGGCGCCGUCCCCUGUGCGGGAUGUGCGGUGGGAUGCCGAGGGCAUGACGUGGGAGGUGUACGGAGCGGCCGUGGACCCCGAGGUGCUGGGCGUGGCCAUCCAGAAGCACCUGGAGAUGCAGCUGGAGCUGCCGCGGGCACCUGCCAGCGAGGAGGGCCGGAGGGGGCCGCUGCGAGCCGUCAUGCAGUCCCUGCGGCGGCCCAGCUGCUGCGGCUGCCCCGGCUCGGCCCCCGAGUGA